CCUAUUCUAUUCUAUUUUAUAUUCCAGGUUGUCAAAAGUGCAAUAUUUAGAUCUCAGUAUGGCAGGCACUGGCCCUGAUGUUCUAGAAGAAAUAUUCUCUAUAUGUAAAGAUCUCCGGAAACUUAGUCUAGAAAACCUAGAGCUUAAUGAUAAAGUUUGCAGCUAUAUCGGUGAGAAUAAACAUUUGUCUGUACUCAAUUUGGCAAUGUGUCGAGGAAUUACAGCCAAUGGCCUUAUGCCCAUUCUGACAAAUUGUAGGAAGUUAGAGUCUUUACAUUUAGGCUGGACAGGGCUACAUCGACAUAGUAUUGUAUAUUUAUGCCUGUGUUUACCACCUAAUCUACAGAAACUUAACAUCAGUGGAUGUCGGGAAAAUAUCACAGAUGAUGGUAUGAGUACAGUACAGUACAGCUUAAGCGAUUUUUUCACUUUCCACUUUGUCAAUGCGGACACUUAACUACGACUGGAAAAUCGCGGACGACAUACUUUGGUCAGUCACAGUGGCACUUCAUCGCGGACGGUUAAAAAAAAUCGUCGCAAUCCCUCGAGGAAAAUCACAGAGAUUCGCUGUGAUCAAUAUUGCAUAUAAAUGUUCACGUAAUGUACAAUGUAGUCUUGUUAAAAAAAGUCAGUAACACUUAACUUUUGCUUAAAUAACAUUGUCAAAUAUGUAUAAAAGGCGGUAGUUUUGAAGUUUCUUUUGUAAAUAAAAUGAAAAAAGUAAAACAGGAAGUCAAAUAUACGAGUAACUUUUGGUAACAAAAUUGUGACAAUAUCCUGCAGCAUGAAUUUUACCUGAUGGGGUGAUGAGCGUAGAGUCACAACUGUCACAAGGACAUUGCGGUGACAAUCCACCCUUAAAAAAAUCGCGGGAAUCGGUGGGAAAAAUUGUUAAGGCUGUACUGUACAUUAUAACCUUGCCUAGUUUUAUUUUUGUGUUAUAGGAAAAUGGCCAUCAGAGAGACUGUAAUCAUUAUGUACUGUUCUGAGGUCUGAUGUUUUUAUGCUGCCCGAAAAAUUUCGGGGAGCAUAUAGUCGGCGCCUUGUCCGUCUGUCCAUCCGUAUGAACCCAGAGGUACUUGUGUGACUUGGAGAACAAUGGGUAACAGUAAAUUCUCUUUGAUCCUAUUCAUUCCGUUUUUACUUUUGUGUCUUUUUUUAAGCCUUGUGUGACUAAAAAUGGCCAAAAAGAUCAAGGAAAAGUCACAGAAGUACCAUUUUGUGGGUACGUCCGUCUGUUGUCUUGUUUUGAGCAUAACUUGAAAACCCUUGGAGAUAAAUUGUUUAAACUUCAUACAGUGGUAGAGGGCAUUGAGGGGUAGUGCAGUGUCAAAGAACCAUAACUCUAUUUUGCCCGGUUUUUGAAUUAUUUCCCCUUAUAGAAAAAUCUUGUCCGGGACAUAACUCUAAAACUAUAAGAGAUAUCAACAUGAAACUUUUGUAGGUGAAUAGAUCGCAAUAGG